AUGUAUAUCAGUAACUUAGUUACCUAUGCAUAUGCAAUCUUAUCGGUGUUUAUCACGCCUGUGUUUGCGUUGACUGAUAUUGAACAUAGUGUAUUACAGAAGAGGUUCGAUAGUUAUUAUGCGAACAACAACACGAAGGACAAUGUAGUGGUCAGAGGGAUUACUGUAGGUGGAUGGUUAGUCACUGAACCAUAUAUUACGCCUUCUCUGUACCAUUAUGCCACACAAAUGAUGUCUAACCAAACACAUAACACUACUCUUUACAAUGUUUUCAAUAGUAGUAUUAUUGAUGAGUAUACACUAUGUAAAGCAUUGGGUUACGAUAAUGCGAAGGGUUUAUUAGAAGAACAUUUCCAAACAUGGAUUACUGAAUCUGAUUUUGAACAAAUCGCCAGCGAUGGAUUUAAUUUGGUUAGAAUUCCGAUUGGUUAUUGGGCUUGGAAACAAAACCAUACUACCAACGAAUAUGUUGAUGGGAUUAGCUUUGAGGAUCCUUACGUCGGCGAAGGUUUACAACUUUAUUAUUUGAAUCAAGCGAUUGGAUGGGCCGAGAAAUAUGGACUAAACGUUUGGAUCGAUUUACACGGUGCACCAGGAUCCCAAAAUGGAUUUGACAAUUCUGGUCAGAGAAAUUUUUAUGAUGAUCUUGGUUGGUUAAGUGAUUAUUCUACUACUAAUUUAACCAUGGCCGUCUGGUCUACUAUGUUUGAUUCAUUUCUAAAUUCAAGUGAUGCUAUUGUCGGUAUCGAAGUAAUGAAUGAACCUUUAAGUAGUAAGAUUGAUAUAAAGAAUAUCACACAAGCGUAUUAUAAUGCAUUUGAAUUGUUUCAAGAUAAAGAAGAUCCUGAGAAGAAUGUUACCUUUAUCAUCCAUGACGCAUUUGAAGGUAAUGGAUAUUGGAAUCUAGAAUUUAAUCCCAGGUAUCGGAACGUUAGUGAUCAAUAUCAAAACACCCAAGACUUGAAUAAGACAUACUACGAUUCUCAACAAAUUAUGAUCGAUCAUCAUCAUUAUGAAGUGUUUACAGAUUGGCAAUUGGCCAAUAAUCAAUUCAAUAGAUUAAUGGAUAUUAUAAAUUUUGGAGAAUCGAUCAAGAAGGAAUUGCCGUACCAUCCCGCUGUUGUUGGAGAAUGGUCAGGUGCGAUUACGGAUUGUGCCACAUGGUUAAAUGGAGUUGGAGUUGGAUCGCGUUAUGAUGGGUCGUAUUAUAAUACUACGCGAUAUUCCACGGAUGAUUUACCCGUUGGGAAAUGCUAUUCCCAAAAUCCCAUAGGUCAAUGGAAUGAGACAUACAAGAGAGACGUUCGACAAUUCAUUGAAGCGCAACUUGCGACAUAUGAUGCGCAGACCACGGGGUGGAUCUUUUGGAAUUGGAAGACAGAAGAUGCUUAUGAGUGGGAUUAUACGCAAUUGAAAGCAGCAGGAUUAUUCCCAUCGCCUCUAACAAAUUUCACUUAUUUCGGUAAUGAUGGUAAACUGAAUUCAGAUGUUAGCAUGUCCUUAUCAAGAGAAGCAUAUCCCGUUACUUCGUCGUCGUCGUCGUCGUCAAAUUCGUCUUUAUCUGCGUCGAGUUCUAAAAAAUCUAAAAAUAUGGGAUCUGGACCUCUUUUCAAUCAUUCGACGAAUGAUAAGUCUAUAUGGAGCCUUAAAAGUACAACUUGGCUCUCCAAUGUCACUGUAUUAUUAUUAAGUGUAGUAAUUGCGGCUCAUAUAUUAUAG